CUUGCAAUGGACCAAGAUUCACACUGCACAGCAGAAAGGGAAUUGUUGGAAGCUGUAAGCAGAAUUACUACAUUUUCUACCACAAACCCAGCUGAUAAAGAAGAAAAUCAACCCAAAGCUGAAAUUUCGUGUCAUCUGAGAAAAGAAAACCCAGAAAAAGAUGACUUGAAAGAUUCCAAUGCAACCCUAAGUCCCCACUCUUCAAUGACCACUAAGGAGCUUCAGGAAUACUGGAGGAACGAAAAAAGCCAGUGCAGACAAGUCAAACUCCUUUUUGAGAUCCCAUCAACCAGAAUUGUAGAGCACCACUUGUCUAAAUAUGUGAUGUAUAAAAUCAUCAUUCUGCAAACAGGGAGUUUUGACAGCAACAAGUCUGUAAUUGAACGGCGUUAUUCAGAUUUUGAGAAACUGCACAGAAAUCUGCUGGAGGAAUUUAGUGAAGAAAUGGAAGAUGUGACCUUUCCCAAAAAAACUCUAACAGGGAACUUCACAGAAGAAAUAAUCAAUGAGAGAAAAUUAGCCUUCAAGGACUACCUGAGACUUCUAUAUUCUAUGAAAUGUGUCCGAAGAUCAAAAAAAUUUAUUGACUUUUUAACAAGGCCAGAGCUUCAGGAAGCGUAUGGUUGCUUAAGGGGUGGCCAGUACCCCAAAGCUUUGGAAAUCCUUUUGGAAGUCAUCGGUCUGCAGGAAAGGCUGACAAGAGGCAACCCUGUCUCAAUUGUCCCUACUCUCUGUGCUAUCAUGGUGUGCCACAAGGACCUGGAAAACCCAGCAAGUGCCUUUGAAUAUGGAGAAAAAGCUCUGUCACGCCUUCGUGUGCAUUCCAGCCACAGGUAUUAUAUCCCAUUGUUAGAAACGAUGAUCACUCUGGCCUAUGAACUUGGCAAGGAUUUCCUGUCUCUGCAAGAAAAACUGGAAGAAUGGAAGGCAAAGAAAGAUCCCGUACGGGUAUUUACCCUGAAAGAACUUGCAGUUCGGGAAUAUGUACAAUGAACACAAGAAACAAUUUCAUGAAAGAGCAAAUUCCUGAGGGAGUAAGAACUGAAAAUUACCAGUUUGGCAAAUGUAGCAUUGUAUUAAUAGAAAAAAAAAAUAAAUUAAGCAUCUUCCAUGUUCAGAAGGGACAUUAGCAUCUAUGCUGGAAAAUAUUACAUUUUCUCUGCAGAUAUGAGGAGUAUAUAAGGAGCACCUUAAGGUUUUUUGAAAGAAAUUUGCAAGAAAAUAA